GAGGUGAAUCUCUAUCUAUAUAGACUAUAUAUUCAUAUACCCACAAAUUUUCUUCCUUUCCUUUUGUUUUGACCCUUUGGAAGAGAUGGGCCGAAAGAGAGUACAUGGCGGGUUUUAUCGUCAAACUAGGGUUUAAGAUUUUGACUUUGUAAAAAGAAAAACUCUCUGCCGCUUCUCUCCCUCUCUUUCUGAUCACUUCUCCACUCUCGUCCUCUUCAUCCGGCCACCGCGCCGCCGAUCAUCUGGAAAGCUUUUGAGUUCUCUUCGUUUCUCUUUUCCACUCACUCUCGGUUUCUCUUCCCCUCACUGCUCGCCGGGUAGACGGUGUAGUAUUUCUGAAGGUGAUAUUCUCAAAUGGCAAAGAAGAGAAAGCAUAGUGAGACAGUGCCGACGGUAUCGGUUAAGAAGGACGAAAAUGCUCUGGAGAGACCCAAGCGGACACUCAUGGGUUGGAAAGACAAAGAAGUGACAAAAAAAAGUGAAGCUGGUUCUGAUCAUGCUGUUUUUCGAAAUAAAGAAAAGGUUCUGGUCACCUGUUCCCGCCGAAUCAAUUUUAGGUAUCGGCAUUUGAUGUUGAAUAUGGUAUCACUUUUGCCACAUUGUAAGAAGGAUAACAAGGUGGAGUCGAGGUCCAGCAAGGGUGCAACAUUGAAUGAGCUGGUUGAGCUCAAAGGUUGUUCUUCAAGCCUAUUUUUUGAGUGCAGAAAACAUAAAGAUCUUUAUUUAUGGAUGGCAAAGUGCCCUAGUGGGCCAUCUGUGAAGUUUUUAGUUAAUGCCGUGCAUACAAUGGAAGAAUUGAAGCUUACAGGGAACCAUCUGAAAGGUUCCCGUCCAAUUUUGACAUUUUCAUCAAAUUUUGAUAAAGAUGUCCACUGGAAACUUCUGAAGGAAAUGAUUAUUCAGAUUUUUGGAACUCCUAAGGAGCAUCGACAUUCUAAACCAUACCAUGAUCAUGUAUUUGUUUUCUCUAUUGUUGAUGACCAUAUCUGGUUCCGGAAUUACCAGAUAUCUGUUCCACAUAAUGAAUCAGAUAAAGUCGCCCGAGGAGGACUAGAUAAAAUGACACUCAUUGAGGUUGGCCCACGAUUCUGUUUGAAUCCAAUCAAGAUAUUUGGUGGCAGUUUUGGAGGUCCUACACUAUAUGAGAACCCACUUUAUGUAUCGCCAAACCAGGUUAGAUUAUCCAACUUUUUGGUUAUUUGGGAUUACACUUCUUCACACUAUCCUUUUAAAUUUGGGUUACAAAAACAGCUGAGAAUUUACAUUUGCAUCAGUUAUAUCCAAAAGAAAACUACGACCUGGUUCUGUUCUAUGAAUUCUGAAAUAAAGAAGAGAAAACCAUACAUUGAGGACACAUUAUCUAUGUUUUUCCAGUUUCUUUUAAGUUCAUAUUUGACCAUAGAUUUAAGUAUUGGAAUUACGCAAAAGCCCAAGUAAUCACUAUCUUUUUCAAUUCAAGGUUUUUUGUGAUUCCAACUAUAGUCUCACUAAUUGUAUGAUGAAACUAGUAGUAUUUUUGGUAAUCCUUUGGAUUGGAUGUCAUAUUUUGUAAACUUUGUCGACGUUAUUCAUGUCGCUUUGUAGAUUCGAGCGUUGGAGAAGAAACAAAAGGCCGGAAAAUACUCGAAGAAAGUCAAAGCGAAAACAAGGAGGAAGAUGCACGAGUUAUCGAAUCCAUUGGAACCUGACGAGUUUGCUGAUAUGUGGAAGGAAUAGUAGUAUUUCGAUGGACAAUUUUAUCCGCGACUCAAAAUCAUAAUUCCUUGCCUCCAAUGAAAUGGGAUUUUGUUCUAUAAUACUAGUAAGUGUAAUGCAAAUUUUGUCCUGGUUUAUUUAAAAACCUCGAGGUGUAUGUUUCUCUUCAAUGUAUCUCUUAGUCGAAUACUUGGAGUUUUAGCUGUGAUUUUACAAGAUCAAAGGGCAUCUCAUAUGUUUUACUUUAUGUUACCAAAGAAUAGUUCCGAAUGAAGACGCAUAUAAAUUUAGCAUUUAUGAUCA